GAUGGUAUGUCUGUGCAAAUUCAUCCUUGUUUGCAACUUCUACAACCCCCCAACCUCAGAAAUAAACUAAUCAGUAGGAGACUUCCUUCUGAUCAAGAUGUCACAAAUAAUGGAAGCAAACCCUGCAAUAAAAAACGCAAACUGUGCAACCAAAUCAAUCCAUCAAAAAGUAUCAAACACUCAAAACUUCAAUAUUUCCGGAUAGUAAUGUUGUGUACCUUAUCCAGUGCAGAAAAUGUAGCAAAGGAUCUUGUGUUGGCGAAACAGGACAGAAGUUGCAAACAAGGAUGAAUUUGCACAGACA